ACAUUUAGUAGCUACUGGAUUAAAACCAGAAGUUAGUGUAUUAUCAGAGAUGUUUAACAUGAAAGCAAACCCGGAGUCCUAAUAAAACAUAAUCAAAGCAACUAAUUCUGGAUGUAAACCUGAAGAAGUCUCAAGCCUUACGCCUCAUAUUAAGCUUUGCAACUUUGCUUUCUGCUGAUAAACUAGUAAAUCGAUCCACCCAAAUAUACUUCGACGACAACAUUCUUCUGAACAUAAAUUUUCAGGGAUUAAGGGCAAUAUCUUCUCUAUUACUUCAGCAAAAAACUCAGUUAAGACUUAAGUAUAAAAUUCUUGAGCCGAUCAGAAAACACUUGAUUGUCACAUCAUUAGGGAAACUAGAUAACAAUAUAAGUGGUCCACAAAAUUGCAUCACCUAACCUAACUUUAACUUUAUUUAACAUCUUAAACGUCAGUUUCUUAAACCAAGAAAAUGCCCAGGCCAUAGAAAUAGUCAAAAAGAAACAGCAAUAAUAAAGCAGAACUUCCUACAACUUUCAGAUCAUAAGCUUUACCUUAAAAAAAGUUUGCAUUAACAAAUGCAAGAUUUCAUUUGAAUAAAUCCUCAAUUUCACCAACAGAAAUGAAGGAGGUUAAACUACUGGAAGUUUGGUCUAGUGUUUUUUGUCACAGAGUUAUUUGGGCUUUGAAACUCAAAGGCGUCGAGUAUGAUUAUACAGAAGAGGAUAUAGCAAACAAGAGUGAUGACCUUAUACGAUAUAACCCAGUGUAUCAGAGAAUACCAGUCCUCAUUCAUAAUGGAAAACCUAUAGCAGAAUCAAUUAUUAUUCUUGAGUACAUAGAUGAGGUUUGGCCUCAGAAUCCCCUGCUAUCAGCUGAUCCUUAUGAGAAGGCCGUGGCGCGAUUUUGGGCUAAAUUUCUAGAAGAUAAGAGCCCAACAUUCUAUUCUUAUUUCCGAGCUGUUGGGGAAGCUCAAGAGAAGCUUGCAAAAGAAGCUAAAGAACUACUCCAUGUAAUAGAAGACAAAGGGUUGGGAGAGAAGAAUUUUUUCAGUGGGAAUCAAAUUGGGUAUGCUGAUAUAUGCUUAGGAUGGAUUGCUUGCUGGUUAGAAUUAAUGCAAGAAGCAGCAGGAAUCAAACUACUGGAAUCUGAUGAAUUCCCCAGGUUACUGGCUUGGAGCAAGAGAUUUAAGGAAGUCCCAGAGAUCAAAGAGAGCCUACCAGAUAAUGAUAAGAUGUUGGCCUACUAUAGAGGGCUAAGAGAGCGAUUUACUGCAGCUCCAGCACCCUGAUUGAAGGAUAGUUUUUACCGAAUAAUGAAGUUCAUUUUUAAGAAUAAAUUAUUCUAGGCCAGUCGAAAGAAAGAAAGAGAUAGAAGACCACCAUCCAAAUUCCAUCCCGGUAAAAAGACUACCAACUAAAGGCGAAGAAGAGAAAGUGAGAGACAGAAGUAUCACUGACGGAAUCCUAGACAUCAGCUUCUUCAAAUGGAUUUUUAAACUGUCAUAUUUUACCUACUACUUGGUAUAGAUUGAUAUAUUCAAUAACUCAAUAAUUUACUUUCAUGUAAGAAUUGGUUUGAAAAUGUAUUGUGUGCUACCUUUGACAAAUCUAAUUAUUGCCUAAAAGUUUCAAUA